AUGGCACCCCAAAAAUUCCCCAGCAUGCGCUUGAAGUCCCGGCCUACGCUCGUGCCCUUCAAGGACGAUGCUAGCCUCAUUGCUCUCCGCUACGAGAAGACGGUCCAGGCAGAGCCUCCCAUCCCUAUUCUUACACGAAUUCCCCAAAGAUCUCUCUCCGUCUCGACGCGCCGAACUUCCACCUCUGCAUCAUCGUCCUCCUUCUCGAGCCCGCCCUCCAGCCCUGCCGUUGUUGUUGUUGUUGCUCCUCCGCCCGCCAUCGAACAACACCCUGCGUUCCGUUCCCGCGCCGCGGCUCGCAACACCACGGUCAACGAUUGGAAGAGAGAUUCUGGGCUGGCACCUACAACAUCGUCUUCGGCCACCAUCGCAGAGGAGGAUUGCGAAGACGAAGAGAGUCGUGCAUUCGCCAAGAUUGCUGCACUGGAUGCCAACACGAUUGUGCAACAAACGGAACAUCCUGUGACACCUUCCGUCUGCGAAGGUACUUCCAUCGAUGAGUUGGUUUUGAGCAAACAAAUCUCUGGUCGUUGGUGCACGCCGUCAACCGAUAACGAGGUCGCCGGCAUGGAUCAUUGUCAAGAUGCGCAGCUCGAAAUUGCUGAACCACAAAAGUCUGGGAGUCUGAGCAGCAGCAACUCGUUGGUCGAUUCUCCCGUCGAGUUGCGGGACAAGAGUCUCAGUGACCUAUCACCUGCAUCAGCGCCAACCAUCCCCCAGUCUCGAAGCUCCUUUGCAGCCUCCGAUAACUCGCCUAAUUUCUCCCCUGUCAACCUCAACGAAGACUUGCAUCUCCUGAGCAAGGAUGCCGUUCACUUUUCUCCCAUUUCAGUGUCCAUCCCCACCGACAACCUCCUCGAAGAUGAUUUCCUGACCACCUUGUCCUUCUCCAAUCGAGGCAGUCUCAUGUUUGGUGGUCUUCGAGCGUUCCCCGCACAAACCACCGACGGGACAAUGGAUGGACAGGCGCAAACGGACAAAGCCCACGCGCCUCCGCCGACCCCUGCCGAAGCCCCUGCCGAAGCCCCCAUCCUCCACAUUCAAUACGAGGAGCCGCCCCAGCCCACUGCCGUCAGCACCACUGAGACCAGCGCGAACCCCAUGAGCGCCACUGACACGACCACGACCACGACCACGACCGAAGCAACGACGCAAGAGACGACGGCGACUGACACAACGACGGCAGAGACGACCGCAGAGUCGGCGUCGCAAGCCACGAUGACGACCCCGAGCAUCUGCGUCUUGUCCGCGGACGUGGAGAUGGAAUCUCGAAAGGUGAGAUCGCUCUAUGAAUCCGGCGAAGGCCUCAGAUGGGAAGACGGUGCUCAACCGUCGGAUGUUGGCGAGCGCCUCAACUCGACCGCUGAAAAUCCGACGGAGGAGGUCGAGAAUGAUCCCGUCGCCGAACUACAGCCUCCCGCUUGGGGCACUCCAAGAUCUGGAAGUUCUUAUUCCCAAAGACCCGAAACACGCAGCGAGUAUGAGGUGGCCGGCGGUCUCGAAGACUGGGAAGACCUCGACGGAUAUGAUAUCGACCGUUACGGCUUCAUCAGCCCACGCAAGCCAGAGAAGAGCAAUGGCACAUCCACGGACCUUGGGUCGUCGCAGUCAGCGCCCAGAAGGAAGCACGUCUUCUCCAAACGAGAUGCUUUUGGUCUAGCCUUGCCAUCCAGAGGACCCAGCCGCAAGGUGUCUGCUAGAUCUCUCAACACCCAAGGAUCGAAGGCUUCUGUUGCGUCUCGUCGGUCGACCCGAUCGGCAAUCAGACAAGCAGGAAACCUGCUCCCACACAACCGCGAUCGACGAUGGAUGGACGAGGCUGGAGAGAUGCUUUCGCUUUCCCUAGGAGAUGAAGAGAAGGUGGAGAAGAUCUCCGAGGCCAUCAAAAAGAAGGAAUGGGAUAGAUCUGAAAAGUGGCGUAAAAUGGCCAAAAUCGUCAAGAAGGGGAAAGACGGCGAAGGCAUGGAGUUCGAUUUCGAUGUCAAGAACCAAAAACUCAUUGAUAGGACGUGGAAAGGCAUUCCCGACCGAUGGAGAGCCUCUGCCUGGUACUCGUUCAUGGCAACCAGCGCCAGGGCUCACAAGGACUCACCAUCUGAGGAUUCCAUCAUCACCGACUUCCAUCGGCUUCAGUGCAGAGGAUCGCCGGACGAUGUGCAGAUUGACUUGGACGUCCCUCGCACCAUCAGCAGGCACGUCAUGUUCCGGAAGCGCUAUCGAGGCGGUCAGCGUUUGUUGUUCCGGGUUUUGCACGCAUUAUCGCUCUACUUCCUGAAUACUGGCUACGUCCAGGGCAUGGCCUCGUUGGCGGCGACGCUGCUCUGCUACUUUGACGAGGAGAAGUGUUUCGUUAUGCUUGUCCGCAUGUGGCAAUUACGGGGACUAGAGAAGCUGUAUUGUCCCGGCUUUGAUGGCCUGAUGGCGGCUCUGAACGAUUUUCAAACCAAGUGGCUGGACGGCAAGGACGUUGCCAAGAAGCUGACUGAGCUCUGCAUCGAUCCUACAGCCUAUGGUACCCGAUGGUAUCUGACACUAUUCAACUUAUCCAUCCCCUUCGCGGCCCAGCUUCGCGUCUGGGAUGUCUUCCUGCUCCUUGGAGAAAACCCUGGAGACUCUAACAAAGUGCCUGAAUCACCCGUCACCAUGAACGGCAUUGAUAUUCUGCACUCUACCAGCGCGGCUUUGAUUCAUGCGCUGCGCGACGUUCUUCUUGACGCGGACUUUGAGAACGCCAUGAAGGCAUUGACCUCUUGGAUUCCGGUCAAAGAUGAGGACAUAUUGAUGAAGGUGACACGGGCCGAGUGGAAGGCCGGACAGAAGAGGAAGUAG